AUGUCGGCAAGCUCGCAGUCGCCAGAGCAGCGCGAACUUGCCCUCAUUGACAAAGUCGAAUUGCGCAUCGCCCUGGCAGACUCGGACGCCAAGCUAGAGACGAUCCUCAAGACAUAUUUGGCUCCGCUGCUCCUGAAGCUUGCGUCCGAACACAAUAGUGUCCGGCAGAAGGUAGUGUCCGUAUGCCAGCAUGUCAGUACACGGAUCAAGCCUAAAUCGAUCCAACUACCGGUGGCAGCAUUGGUAAAACAGUUUAAGGAGCAACAAGGUUCGCUCGUUCGCUACUUCGACCUUGUAUACAUCCAACAAGGCGUUGAUAGACUUUCCACAGUCCAGCAGAGGGAAGUGUUACCACUCCUUCUGUCUGGCAUUUCUGACAGCGGAAGUCAUGCGCCACAGAUUUUCAAUCUCAUGCUGAGGUUGUUAGAAUCAUUUGAUCUUCCACCACGCGGGAGUAAAGAUGAUGGAGAGCUGCGCAGUAAGUGCGAAGUCACCGACAAUGAUGCGAAUUUUCUGGCUACCUGGCUGGGCAAAUUCAUGUUGUUCGUACCCAAGAAAGGUACAUCGACCAUGUGUCCUGGCCUCAACGCUGAGGACUAUGCGUUUCUCAAUUUACAGGGCAAGGAAGGUCUCUGGCACCCUGCUGAAGGUGGACUCAACUUGUUAAGAACGAAGGUGCUUGUUGCACGGCUGUUGUCGAGCGGACUCUUCCACGACGAAGAGCGCUUCUUUCCAGCAUUGUUCGCGUCCGCAGACGCAGCAUCAAAUUUCAGCGAUGUCGGAGACGACAUGCUGAAACGAGUUCUCCCUGCAAUCAGCUUAGAAGAUGAAGCCACGGUCACACGCUUGUUCGGACUUUUCUUUGGCGAAAAUGGUGCCGUGAGGGUCGCGGCGCCCCUACGCUUGAAAAUUUUGGGUCUGCUGAACAAGUCGGAGCGGAGUACCACGUUCUCGAACUACAUUGUGAAAAUUGUCGAAGAUGGCAUAGCUUUACAUGACAUUGACGGCGAAGAUGUUGUAAUUGCCACUGCCGGCAGGGAAUUGACGAAGCUCCGCUCAGCUAUAUUCCAGUAUGUGAACUUUGUUGCGCGACACGGCUCUGAAGAUACUCUGCACGCCAUAGCACAGAAGGUUAUCUUGAGUCUACGUGAUUUCAUUGAGAAUCAGGGCUGGCCGAAUGUUGGUCCAAACGAGGACCUUGUAUCUCGUGGCUAUGGCUACGAAGUCAUUGGACUGCUUGCCAAAGCUGGACCACGCGCAAUCCUCGUCGAGUCUGAGCAUCCUACAAUGGACUUAUUGCGAUGGCUGCUUGACUCGCUUGCACGGGAUACAUCUGGUAGCUCCAUCAUUGUGAGCAUUGAGGAAGCACUCUCUCACGUUCUCGGCGCCCUCGCACGCAUGCAGCUCAGCUUGGCAGAGCAAAGCGUGUUGGAGGAUUUGCUCAUCGACCAGUUAGAGCAAUCUGAAGAUCUGGGCAGUGGCAACCGUCUGAGAAGCACGAGAUACGUUUCCGUGCGUUUCGCGAACCGCUGUCUCCCGUACCACUCCUCCAAAGCUCGCUGGAUCGACAUACUGGCUCUGGGUGCGACCAGUGACCGUGCGGAGGUGCGUGAAGAAGCCGAGCGCGGACUCAGUCCGUACUGGUAUCGCAUGCUGAACGGAUCCCCUGGCGUGGUUGAUGCGGAGCAUGUCUCCUUUCCAACGUUUGAGGCGAUAAUAGCUCAGUUCUUUCGAGGACAUGUCAUAACCGAGAAGCGUAAGCCUAAGAUGGUCGUACACCAGACGAUGCGGGCAUAUCCGCGCAGCUUCGACCACAUGACCGCUUUCGCCCGACGCAUUUUGUAUCGCGAGGCUGUGGAGCGGCAUGCUUCCUCACCGAGCGUGGAUACCGAGUGGGAGCGAAGGGUGGAUGCAGCGGUGGAAAGCGAUCCAAAGGCGCGGGAUGCUGUGAAAAGCUAUGUACGGGAGUUGUCCAGGAGCUCCUCGAAUGCCGUCGAGAUACUCCUGUUCGCACUUUUCGAAGCAGUCAUGAGUCCUGUCGUCGCGGCGAGUACUCCAGGAACCCUUGUCGACUUCCUCGCCGUCUCACCCAAUGCGCUCACCGAGCAACUUGCACAGGAUUGCGACCUGCUGACAACGAGAUUGCAGGGUGGCACACAUUCGAGGCGGACAGCAGCAGCGCAUGCAUUCGGCAUACUAUGUAGCCAUCCAGCGGUUGAUUCUUCGAAGGCUCGAGGUUUGGUUGAGAACCUGCUCGACGCAAUGAAGGGUUGGGAAACUGCAGUCGGAGCGGCAGUUAAUAGUCUCCAUGGAAAGAUUCUCGCGCUCGGAUUCUACUAUAGCCGUGCUGCUGUUCGUGGUCAGUUUCCUGACAACGACCACCACAUGGACCAAUUUAAGGAGCACUUAGUGAGUAUCCUGAUUGCUUCGAGAGACAAGGCUCUCCAGGAGGCCUCACAGAUCGCACUCGGGCAGCUCUGCAUGUUUGGGGCAUUGUCGCUGGAUAGCCUAAGUGUUUUAAGGAAGCCGAGAUCGAUCGUUGACAAGCUCUACGAAGCAGCCAAAACAGGCAACGAGACAGCGGUUCUGUCGAUGGGUCAAAUGUCUAUGAUCUUCCCGGAAGCGCCUGAAGAAGAAGCGGACGACGAUCUGACAUACCUUACCGAACAACUGCAUAAGCUGCACGAGUUGCGUGAGGCGGAGGCGCACUUCUCUGUCGGCGAAGCCUUUUCAUGCCUCGCGAGCGGCUGGCAGUCCACUGCGCUUACCACGAAGCUUGAUGUCGAAACCGAUGUACCUCAGAGUCCAGCUCGAUUGAAAACACUUGGUCGCGUUAUGGACCGCUUCCUAACUGAUUGCCGAAAUACCAAGCCGUCUUUGAAGAAGGCUGCGGUCAUGUGGCUGCUGUGCCUCGUGCAAUUCUGCGGUCAGCUGCCCGAUGUUCAGAGCCGACUAGCUCAAUGCCAGACAGCGUUCAAGCGUUGCUUAGGCGAUCGCGACGAGCUUAUACAGGAGACUGCCUCACGCGGUUUGGGUUUGAUUUACGAGAAGGGCGAUCGCAAGCUUAAAGACGACCUCGUGCGCGACCUUGUAUCCUCCUUCUCUUCGGACCGGCAGUCGCAGUUGGCCGGCAAUGUUUCGGCGGAGACUCAAUUGUUCGAGCCGGGAGCGCUGCCUACGGGAGAUGGUUCCGUCUCGACCUACAAAGACAUUAUGAGCUUGGCGUCUGAAGUUGGAGACUCCAGUCUUGUGUAUCGAUUCAUGUCCAUGGCUUCAUCGAACGCCAUCUGGUCGAGCCGCGCGGCCUUCGGGAGGUUCGGGCUCAGUAGCGUGCUCUCAGACUCCAGCGUCGACGGCUACCUCGCCAACCACCCCAAGCUGUACCCCAAACUGUACCGCUACCGCUUUGAUCCGAACAGUGGCGUACAACGGUCGAUGAAUGACAUCUGGAACGCCUUAGUCAAAGACCCAACAGCCACUAUAGACAGGUAUUUUGACGAUAUCAUGGAAGACCUGCUCGACAGCAUCCUUGGCAAAGAGUGGCGAGUGAGACAGGCAAGCUGCGCAGCUGUAGGUGAUCUUGUGCAAGGCAGACCGCUUCAGCGCUAUGAGGGAUACCUCGAGCGGAUCUGGACGCAAUGCUUCAGGGUACUGGACGAUAUCAAGGAGUCCGUUCGCGCUGCCGCGGCCUCAUUGGCUAGAGUGCUGACGGGCAUCUUACUGCGAGCCUUGGAAGCCGAUCACUCGUCCACGAAAAAUGCGUCAGCGAUGUUGAAGCAUGUCCUACCAUUCUUACUGUCCUCGUCAGGCAUGGAGUCCAGCGCGAAAGAGGUUCAAGCCUUCUCCGUGCACACUCUGCUCGAGAUCAUCAAGAAAGCGAACGGAGCGACUCUGCGCCCGUUCAUCCCAGAGCUCGUAGAGAGAUUACUUGGCUCGUUAAGUUCACUGGAGCCAGAAGCUGUCAACUAUAUCCAUCUGAACGCGGCAAAGUACAACCUGACCGAGCAGAAAAUCGAUGAUAUGCGGCUCUCCAGUAUCCGUUCGAGCCCGCUCAUGGAAGCAAUCGAGCGCUGCUUGGACUUAUUGGACGAUUCUGCAAUGCAGCAGCUUCAGCCAAAGCUCGAAGGCGCCAUCAAAGGGGCUGUCGGUCUACCUUCCAAGGUUGGGGCGAGCCGAGUUCUCGUAUCACUUAGUACUCGACGCGUCGCUGUCUUCCGCCCAUAUUCCGACAGCUUCCUAAGACUUGUCGAGAAGGUCGUGCUCGAUCGGAAUGAGACGGUCUCCGGCUCUUAUGCGGUGGCCGCCGGCUAUCUUGCACGAGCGGCAACGGAGAAACAAGUCUUGCAUUUAAUAGCGUACACGAAGAAGCUGUACUUCGAAUCUGAAGGCGACCGAGAAUCUACGUUACCUCGGAGGAGCUUGUCCGCCGGCGAGAUCGUUUACGCUGUAUGCAAGCAUGCCACCGACCGAUUCAAUGCUGCUGCGAGCUCCGUAUUACCUUUCGUCUUCCUGGCAAAGCACGAUCCGCAUGAGCAGGUGAAAGAGCAAUUCCAGAACGCCUGGAAUGAGACUGUGGGAGGUUCGCGAACAGUAAUGCUGCUCUACCUGAGAGAAAUCGUUAACCUCAGUAACGCAUAUCUUGAGUCCCCACAAUGGGUACUGAAGCAUACGUCGGCGCGAGCCAUAGCUGACGCCGUGAACAUCACUGCAGCUUUGGAAUCGCACAUGACACAAGAGACUGCCGAGAUGAUCUGGCCUGCACUAGAAAAGGCAUUGGGCGGUAAGACCUGGGAGGGCAAGGAGGUUGUCCUGUCCGCGUUUGAAAAGUUUGUCGAGUCCGCAGGAGCCUUCACUCAGAGCGACUCGGUGGCUCAAGCCAUUGUCAAGGUGCGUGCCACAUAUGUGCGUUCGACUCUGGUAUCCAUCAGCGAGCAUUGUCGAAGCGGCAGCCAUCUUGAUACGGCACGCUGUGAAACGUUACUGAUCGAAACCACUAGAUUGCCUUGCGUGAAGCAAAACGUCAGAACACCACCUACAAGCCGCAUGCUCUGGAAUGCCUAG